GAGAAAGUGUUGCGGUUGCAGUGUUUUGUGUGAGAGUCAGGAUCGUGAAAAGUAGUUUCUAAAAGAAGGAGAGCCAUUGAUGCUUUGUUGGGAAAUGUUUGUAAUGGUGUUAUUGAUAUGUACCUGAAUUCCAAUGUGUGAAAUGAAACACUCCAACUGCAACAUGAAUAAUCUGAUCCAUCUAGUAACUAUGGUAACUGUUUUGCCUGUACUACUAUUAUUAAUCCUUGCUGGUUUUCCAGCCUCCAUUCACUGCGCCUCAACAAGUCGGCCAAAUGUGAUCUUCGUUUUGGCCGAUGAUUACGGCUUCCAUGAUAUUGGUUAUCAUGGCUCCAGAAUCAAAACGCCCUGGCUGGAUAAACUGGCAGCUGGUGGGGUGAAACUGGAGAACUAUUACGUCCAGCCGAUCUGCACCCCGACUCGAAGUCAGCUUAUGAGUGGGAGAUAUCAGAUUCACACCGGUCUGGAGCAUUCAAUCAUCUGGGUUGCACAGCCGAGCUGCCUACCACUUGAAAAUCCAACUAUAGCGGACAGACUCAAAUACCUCGGGUAUGCGACUCAUGCAGUCGGCAAGUGGCAUUUGGGGUUUUAUAAGAAGGCUUGCUGGCCAACGCGACGUGGCUUUGACACAUUCUAUGGAUAUUAUACUGGCAGUGAGGAUUACUACAGUCAUAUGCGUGGUUGUUUCAUGCCGGGUGAUCGUCACUGUGCUGGCUUCUCUGAAGGCUACGAUCUGCGAGACCAAGAAGCACCAGCCUACCAGGAUAAGGGAAACUACUCUACUUUCUUAUUCGCUGAAAGAGCUCAGAGAAUACUGGAAAGUCACGACCCUAAGAAACCGUUUUUUAUGUAUCUUCCAUUCCAAGCUGUCCAUGGCCCCCUUCAAGUACCAGAGCAAUACCUCCAGCAAUACAAAGACAUCAAAGAUAAGAAAAGACGAGUGUACGCCGGCAUGGUGACCUGCAUGGAUGAAGCUAUUGGAAAUAUCACCCAAAGACUCGUCCAGCUCGGCUUGUGGGAUAACACUGUGUUGAUAUUCUCAACAGAUAAUGGUGGCCAGAUAGCAGUAGGAGGGAACAACUGGCCCCUCCGUGGUUGGAAGGCGUCUCUGUGGGAGGGGGGCGUACAUGGUGUCGGAUUCGUCCAUAGCCCACUCAUACCAAAAGUCAAACAGGGCACCGUCAGUACCGAGAUGAUCCACGUUAGCGACUGGUUCCCGACUAUCGUAGCUGGUAUCGCUAAUGGGAGCGUGGCAGGACUGCCCCUUGAUGGGUUCAACGUGUGGGAUUCAAUCAGCAAAGGAGUACCGUCCCCUCGAACGGAGAUUCUUCAUAAUAUUGACGUAUUGACAACUCCUGACUUGGAGAGCCAGCCUACCUUUAAGUCCUAUCUUCCCCGGUUCAAUGAGUCUGGUACCUAUAAUACCAGCAUCAGAGCUGCUAUUAGAAUGGGAGAUUGGAAACUCAUCACGGGUCAACCAGGAAACAGCAGUUGGAUACCACCCCCAGAAGCAGGCAUAGUUCCUAUACACCCAGUGGAGCCUGUCGGUAAACACGUUUGGCUGUUCAAUAUCCAGGAGGAUCCCAACGAGCGUUUCGAUUUAUCCGGCAGCGAGCCAGAUAUUGUUAAAAGGAUGGUUGCCAGAUUGCAGUACUACUAUAGCACCAUGGUGCCGCCAUUUUAUCCGCCCGGGGAUCCAAAAGCUAAUCCAAAACUCCAUGGGGGAAUCUGGACAAACUGGGAGUAGAGAUUAAGAUUUGCCCAAUUUAUGUUUUGGCCAAUCAUGAAUUGUGAAUGCCUUUCUGUCUUAAUACUGUCUGUAUGACAGAAACUUUUAUUGAGUACAUCACAAAAUUUAAUUUUACUUUUCCCUUGCUCUGUUUAAGCAGCUCAAUGAAAUUUGUCCCCAUAUUUUUGACAGACAGUACUUGAAGGCCAUGUGUACUGAAGUACAGUAUAUUGGUUUGGGGAUAAAACUCAAGUUAUUAUUUUCGACUGUGUAUGACAUUGUCUUUUCAAAGAUAUAUUUUUUCAGCAACAUGUUGUAGUAUUAAUAAUAUUUUCUUAAAUACAGCCUUUCUACUUUUAUAGUUUUUUUGUUUUGUUUUUAAGAUGUCCAAUAU